CACCACGUUAAUUACAUGUUUCACGAGCUAUUUCUGGAUUCAAUGGAGCAAGAAAGGAAGUUUUCAAAUGAUCAAGAAGCUUUCGAUCCCAGUGCCCUUCCUCCAUUCAGGAUAAACGAGAUCCGAGCUGCCAUUCCAGAGCAUUGCUGGGUGAAGAACCCAUGGAGGUCACUCAGUUAUGUUUUGAGAGAUUUGCUUGUGGUCUCUGCACUCAUGGUAGCCGCACUGCACUUCAACAGUUGGUUCUUCUGGCCACUCUAUUGGGCUGCUCAGGGAACAAUGUUUUGGGCAAUUUUUGUUCUUGGUCAUGACUGUGGGCAUGGAAGUUUCUCUGAUAGUCCCAAGCUCAAUAGCUUUGUAGGACAUGUCCUGCAUUCUUCAAUCCUUGUGCCUUACCAUGGAUGGAGAAUAAGCCACAGGACUCAUCAUCAGAACCAUGGAAACGUUGAAAAGGAUGAGUCUUGGGUCCCGUUGACUGAGGAGACUUUCAAGGAACUAGAUCGUAGUACUAAAAUUCUGAGAUUCACAGUGCCUUUCCCCCUGUUAGCUUACCCUCUGUAUCUGUGGCGUAGAAGUCCAGGAAAGGAGGGAUCUCAUUUCAACCCCUACAGCAGCUUGUUCACUGCUGAUGAGAGAAGAUUAGUGGUGACUUCAACUGUGUGUUGGACUAUAAUGGCUGUUUUUCUGCUUUAUUUAUCCUUUGUCGUAGGCCCUGUCCAAAUGCUUAAGAUAUAUGGUGUUCCUUACUUGAUUUUUGUAAUGUGGAUAGACUUUGUUACUUAUUUGCAUCACCACGGUCAUGAUGAACACAAACUUCCUUGGUACCGCGGCAAGGAAUGGAGUUAUUUGAGAGGAGGGCUUACAACAGUUGAUAGAGAUUAUGGAUUGUUCAAUAACAUUCACCAUGACAUUGGCACUCAUGUUAUCCACCAUCUCUUCCCUCAAAUCCCACACUAUCACUUGAUAGAAGCUACAAAAGCAGCAAAGCCGGUGCUGGGAAAGUAUUAUCGCGAGCCAAAGAGAUCCAGUCCCAUUCCAUUCCAUUUGAUUAAGAAUCUAGUAACAAGCUUGAGUCAAGACCACUUUGUGAGUGACACUGAAGAAAUUGUCUACUAUCAGACAGACCCAAACCUGCAUAAAAAAUUUUCCAGCAAAUUGGAUUGAUAUUUUGAAGCUUAGUCUAGUUAAAUAAGCAGGGGAUUGAAUACACUCUCACUUCUUCGGAAGUUUUAGUUUUACAUUGUAGCAAGUCUUUUUUAUCUAUGUAUCAGCAAAUCAUAUAGUGCAUCAGCUUUUUUAUUUCAUUAAAUUGUGAGCUUGAACUCACAUGGUACACUGUAAAUGCUGUACUCGUCUUCCAUUAUUCAUCUUCAUAAGUGAACUUAUCAGCGCCUUCACUUAAAA